CCCCUUGUCGUCAAACACACAGCUUCACUCUUCCUCACCAGUUGCUGCCAGCCAACGAGGAUAGAGGUGUGCGUGUGACAGAGGUCAUCACCCCCUCGCCUCGACUUGACUCUCUUUCCUUUCUCCCUCUGCGCUGCUAGUCAGCCUGGGAGCAAUCUCUCGUCCUCUUCUCUCUUGGUUUCGUGCUGCGCAACCACCCUUUCGACCAUCGUUGCUCAGUGCGGCACAGUGGCGUCGUCGAGACGCAGAUUAGCAUACAAUUGUCACCAUGGUACGACAAGUCAACUUCUCCAAUGAGGCUCAGAAUCGUGCGGCGGCCACCAUCUCGGCGUCCCUCUAUGAGCGCAAAGCCCUCGACUGCACAACGUCUCUUCCCCUCAUCUUCUCCCUCAACAACUUAGCAUAUCUCGUCGCAAACAACCGCAAAAUCCGCGACCUCCUCUGCGUCGAUGGAGGCCUGGAGCGACUGAUUCACAUUCUGCGAGACGUGCCCAAGAAUCAAGGCACACUCAUGCGUCCAAGAUCACCAAAGGAUCUCCAGCCCAUGUGGAAGUGGACCACCGCCUUCCAAUGCGUUGUACAUCUCUGUAUUCGAGGCGGCGUCAAUGUGCGCGAGAGGGCCGUCGAGGCCGGCAUCAUGCCCAUCCUCGUAAAGGUCCUCGAGAGCUAUCUCU